UCUGCUGAAGCAGAACAACUACACUAUGACAUCAGUUAUGUGUGUGUUGUAAACAGGUUAGUUUGGGGUUGGAUCCCAAGUAACCAACACGUGUUUGACCAAUGCCUUCCUAACAAAGCCUUCCGGGCUGGAGUUAUGAGACAAAAUGAGUGGACAGAGUUCUCCACCUGUCAGUGAUGGAAUUACUCCCCUCCAGCAGAUGGUGGCGUCUGGCUCUGGAGCCAUCCUGACCUCUCUGUUCGUGACUCCUUUGGAUGUUGUGAAAAUCCGGCUGCAAGCACAGAACAGCCCUUUCCCCAAAGGCAAAUGUUUUGUUUACUGCAAUGGACUGAUGGACCACAUAUGUGUGUGUGAAAAUGGCAAUUCCAAGGCCUGGUACAAAGCUCCAGGGGAGUUCAGCGGGACUGUGGACGCUUUCAUCAAGAUCGUACGCCGUGAGGGAAUUCGGUCACUCUGGAGUGGACUCCCUCCAACACUCGUGAUGGCGGUUCCUGCCACAGUGAUCUAUUUCACGUGUUAUGACCAGCUGUGUGCGGCGCUGAGGCUCAGGAUGGGCGAGUACGCUCAGGAGGCUCCUCUCCUGGCAGGAGCUACUGCUAGAGUGGGGUCUGCAACGAUGAUCAGCCCCCUGGAGCUCAUUCGCACCAAGCUGCAGUCCCAGAGACAGUCGUACAGAGAGCUCAGCGCCUGCAUCCGCUCAGCGAUGGAGACGGAGGGCUGGCUGUCUCUGUGGAGGGGCUUGGGCCCCACUCUGCUCCGGGAUGUGCCCUUCUCAGCCAUGUACUGGUACAACUACGAGAGGGGCAAGAGCUUUCUGACUGAGUGGUAUAAAACUGGGGAGGCCACUCUCACCAUCACGUUCAUGGCCGGGGCGGCGUCGGGUUCUGUUGCUUCCAUUGUCACCUUACCUUUUGAUGUGGUGAAAACAAGACGGCAGGUGGAGCUCGGGGAGCUUCAAGCAAAAAACUUGUCCUGCAAAACAUCCGCCUCCACCUUCUGCGUGAUGUGCAGGAUCGUGGCAGAGGACGGCUUUCGUGGCCUGUUUGCAGGUUUGAUCCCCAGGCUAAUCAAAGUGGCCCCCGCCUGUGCCAUCAUGAUCAGCUCGUACGAGUUUGGAAAGACUUUUUUCCGUACACACAACCAGGAAAGAACGCUGCACAGAAGUAACACAUGAUGGCUCUUAUUGUUGAGAAUCACUUUAUCCAGUCAUUUAACAUAGUAUUUAUAAAUUAAGUCAAAAUUUAUUCAUGUCUAACGUGAAAUAUUCUGUACGCACAACUGAUCAAAGAUUAUGCUUCCGUUAAAAAACUUCUGAUUUUGGCCAGCAGAUGGCAGCAAACAUUUUUGGCCUGCAUCGGAUGGCUGCUCCUCUGAUCACAUGCACUGUGCCAAAAUAUAAGUGAUAGAUGCAAUACUUUGUUUCCUUUUGUCAGUAUGUUGCCUCAGCUCAGAGUCAGCAGUGUUUCAAAACAUAAUAUGCAAUAAAAGUUGAAUUGAUUGAUUAAAUAGAGAGGAGUUCAGACGGAUGGAUGUUUUGACUCCGCCUAAAUCUGAUCAUUUCUUUGUUGUUUCAUUUUCAAGCUUUUCCACUGCUUCUGUUCAUCAGCCAAUCAAAUGGCAGAAACUCUCAAUGUCAAACCAAGUAAAGUUUAUUUAAAAUAAAGCUUUAAAAGAACAUUAAA